UGUUAUAUAUUUAAAUAGUAGAAGUAAUUCAUGGUGUUGUUUUACUGUAUGCAAUCUACUAUGCACGGUUGUGUGUUAAGUGGUAUAAAAUUGGUGGUUGAUAUUGAAUAUAGUUGCGUUUCGCGCAGAUGUAAUGGGUUGAAAUUGCUAAUGUCACUGGGUGUCCAUUGUGUUUGGUACUGGUGUGAUAUGAGUUUGUGAUUAAAAAGUGAUCCCCCAAAGAUGAUAGACUCGCUCUCGUCGUUUAGAUAUCUCUGACGUCUGAAAAUCGUGCAAAAUGUCUUCCAAAAGCGAGUUGAAGAAGCUGUCUGAGGAGAGCCUUACCAGACAGCCGGAGGAAGUAUUCGAUAUAUUAUGUAAACUGGGGGAGGGCUCCUAUGGCAGUGUCUAUAAGGCACUUCAUAAGGAAUCAGGACAAGUAUUAGCCAUAAAACAAGUACCUGUGGACACUGAUCUUCAAGAAAUCAUCAAGGAAAUCUCUAUAAUGCAACAGUGUGACAGCCCAUAUGUUGUGAAGUAUUAUGGUAGUUAUUUCAAAAACACAGAUCUGUGGAUUGUGAUGGAAUAUUGUGGAGCUGGAUCUGUAUCUGAUAUUAUGAGACUGCGUAAGAAGACGCUGUCUGAGGACGAAAUUGCUACUAUUUUAUGUGAUACCCUUAAGGGACUGGAGUAUUUGCAUUUAAGACGGAAAAUACAUCGAGACAUUAAGGCUGGAAAUAUACUUCUGAAUUCAGAAGGACAUGCGAAACUUGCCGACUUUGGAGUUGCUGGCCAAUUGACUGAUACCAUGGCCAAGCGGAAUACAGUCAUAGGUACUCCUUUCUGGAUGGCGCCCGAGGUCAUUCAAGAAAUAGGGUAUGACUGCGUUGCAGACAUAUGGAGCUUAGGUAUAACAGCACUCGAGAUGGCCGAAGGGAAACCGCCUUACGGAGAGAUACAUCCCAUGAGAGCGAUAUUCAUGAUACCGACAAAACCGCCACCGUCAUUCAGAGAGCCAGAUAUUUGGAGUCCUGAAUUCAUAGAUUUUGUGAGCAUAUGUCUGGUUAAGAACCCAGAAGAACGAGCUACCGCUUCCACACUGUUACAGCAUGUCUUUAUCGGUAAUGCUAAGCAACCAAGUAUUCUAAGUCAAAUGAUUUCCGAAGCACAGCAGAUUAGAAAAAACCAAAACCACAGAACGAUUAUGCUUCCAAAUUCAGGGGGUAUAAAACCAAACAUCAUUGAAGACUCAGACGAAGAUGUGGCUUUAGGGAACCAAACAAUGGUUCAAUGUGUUGACGAAGGCACUCUAGUCCCAGGCACUUUAGUCUCUAUGUCUCAGAGCGGUACCCUCGUCGAAUUAGAGUCCGAACUCGGUACCAUGGUCAUAAAUAACGUGGACGAUCAAACCAUGAAGAGGCAUGACACCGGAUCCGAAAGACCAUAUUUCAUGAGGCACUUCGAUAAGAAGGAGGCCGAAGUGAAGCAAGAGAACAACACUCGUUUGGAAAAUACCGACGAUAACAAUGAGGACCACAGAUUCCAAAGUCAUUAUCACUUACAGCUAAACCAGGCGCCGCCUCCACAGCAUGUACCAGCCGAGACCAAUUUCCAAAGACCAUUGUCCGAUGGUGAUUUCGAAUAUUUGAAGUUUUUGUCCUAUGAGGAGCUUCAGCAAAGAAUGGCCACCUUAGAUGCCGAGAUGGAAAGGGAGAUAGAUGAGUUAAGAAGAAGGUAUCAAACUAAAAGACAACCGAUAUUAGAUGCCAUGGAUACGAAACGGAAACGCCAGCAGAACUUUUAAAUUUUUUCAGAAACAUGCAUUAGAAUCAUAUUUGGUGCUCAAGCAGAAAGAGAAGAAAAAAAAACGAAAAAGUUAUUAUUCAUGUUCUUUAAUACUAUUAUUAUUAUUUCAUUCUAUAUUUUCGUUCGCUUAUUUGAUAUAUAUUAUUUUUUUUGUUGAGCCAAAUAUUGGGAGGUCUGGGAUGUGUGUAUAUAUACCUAUAGAUAUAUACAAACACUCCGUGUUCCUAUACCUAUGAAGUACUUAAACAUUUAUUUGGCCUAUGUUUAUUGCUUUAAAGAUUUACGUGUUUUCCUCUAUUCAUUAAUCUUCCUUUUAUCAUAUUUAUACUUAAUUAUUACUUUUUUUCUGUGUGAAAGGACGGAUAUGAUUGCCCUUAGCAAUUUGAGACUAGCGCCCAUUUCUCUCCCUUUUUUCAAACAGAAAAUAUUCCGACAUAGAG